CUUCAAGAAACCAGGACAGUCCAUUUGUCCUAAGCUUAAUUGCAAAAGAAAAAAUGGCACCUGGAACUUUGUCAGGUUAUACUGGGAUACGUACAUCUGAAGCACACACAGGUGAGUCAGAGUAACACACGGACAUUGUUAGAGAGGAUGGGAUAUAAAAGACAGCUGCACCAAAAAUGUGGACAGGUCACGUGUUACCUUGCCUCUCAGUACAAAGACCUCGUACCUGCUGCUGUGGCUGCAGUUAUGAGCAGCUGCCCUCUCACUCCUGUCCGAGGAUUUAAUUUAAACAACAAACAAGUGAAUUGUGGCAGGGAAUAAAACAUAAAAUAAAAACGGACCAAUAGCAGACAGGGAGUCUUGUCCAAACUCCUCCCUCCCUCCCUCUCUCUCUGCCUCCCUCACUCUCAUCCAUGUGUGCCCUCUGCACCUGUGCAGCUGCGGCUGCUCCAGUCUCUGCUGCCGUCCGUGCGUCACGACGGAAACUGGCUGUGUUUAAACCCAUCCUUCAGUCGAAGUGGCUGCAGAUCGUGUCGACCUGACGGAGCAGCUCCACGCACUCUCUCCUCCUGCGGCUGUACGACACACACGGUCUACGCUCUGUUUUCACCAACGACAACAACGAGACGUCAACAAACUUUUGGUUUUACGCACAGGUUAACGUCGCCCAUCCUCACUCUCAGUCUGAGUGUUUUUGUUUUUUUGUUUGUUUGUUUGUGCCAAAACUAAGAAGUGUUUUGACGGUACAAUGAGACUUUUUGUGGCUGUGAUCAUCGCCUGUGGAGUGUCUGCGCUCAAUAUAACAGAGGAGAAGACAACGUGUCCCCUGGGAUAUUUCCCCUGUGGCAACAUGACCCUGUGUCUCCCUCAGCUGCUGCACUGCAACGGCAUUGAUGACUGUGGUAACCAAGCAGAUGAGGAGAACUGUGGGGACAAUAAUGGAUGGCCGCUCCUCUUCGACAAAUAUUUUGGAAUGCCUAGCUACAAUGCCGGGACGAGGUCUAACAUCUGCUUGCUGGGUACUGUUCCAGAACUCUGCAAGUGCAGAGACCUGGAGCUGGACUGUGACAGUGCACAGCUGCAAGAUAUCCCAGCCGUGGCAACAAACGUCACUAUGAUGUCCCUACAAAGGAACCGAAUUCAGAGACUGAGAGAAAACAAGUUCUUCAAAUACCAGAGUCUACAAAAACUAUAUCUUCAGCACAAUAGAAUCCGUGAUGUGAGUCCUGACGCAUUGAGGGGCCUCUACAACCUCACAAGACUUUAUCUGAGCCACAACAAAAUAUCGAUCCUGAAGCCGGGUGUGUUCCGGGACCUGCACAAACUGGAGUGGCUGAUUCUAGAAAACAACAGUAUCAACCAUAUAUCCACCAUGACCUUUUCAGGCCUGAAUUCCUUGGUUUUGCUGGUUCUGCUGAACAACUCCUUGACAAAACUUGAUGACAUUUGUCGAGAAAUGCCAAGAUUGAACUGGCUGGAUUUGGAGGGAAAUCUCAUUGAAACCAUUGGCAACGCAUCAUUCGGCUCAUGCAAUAUGCUGACAGUUCUGGUUUUACAGAGGAACAGGAUCGACCACAUACACGAACAGGCUUUCUCAGUUCUCCAAAAGCUGGGAGAAUUGGAUCUGUCCAACAACAGGCUGCUGGUGAUUCCUUCCAAUCUCUUCGUCUUACUGGGGGAUUUACUUCAACUGAAUAUAUCAUACAAUCCUAUAUUGGAGCUACAAGUUGACCACUUUGACAACUUACAUAAACUGAAGUCCUUGAGCAUAGAGGGGAUAGAAAUUGGAAACAUACAACGACGGAUGUUCGAGCCACUGAAACACUUAACUCAUAUCUACUUCAAGAAGUUUCAGUACUGCGGCUACGCUCCUCACGUGCGCAGCUGCAAACCGAACACCGAUGGCAUUUCGUCUUUCGAGGACCUGCUGGCCAACAUCGUGCUGAGGGUCUUUGUGUGGGUGGUGUCGGCCACCACCUGCUUUGGCAACAUCUUUGUCAUCUGCAUGCGCUCCUACAUCCGCUCGGAGAACAAACUGCAUGCAAUGUGCAUCAUCUCCCUCUGCUGUGCAGAUGGACUAAUGGGCAUUUAUCUGUUCAUGAUUGGAGCAUAUGACCUGAAGUAUCGAGGGGAGUACAAUCGACACGCUCAGGCCUGGAUGGACAGCAGUCAGUGUCAGGUCAUCGGCUCUUUGGCCAUGCUGUCCACUGAGGUGUCCGUUCUCCUCCUCACCUAUCUCACGCUAGAGAAAUACAUCUGCAUCGUUUACCCUUUCCAGUACUUGACGCCUGGCCGGCGGCGGACCGUCACCAUCCUUGUGGGGAUUUGGAUGUUUGGCUUUGUCGUGGCCUUCCUGCCUCUGGUCUGCAAAGGGCUGUUUCGCAACUUCUACGGCACAAAUGGUGUUUGUUUCCCCCUGCAUUCGGAGCAGCCUGAGACUCUGUGGGCUCACGUUUACUCCAUUGUUAUUUUCCUAGGUCUGAACCUGGUGGCAUUCCUCAUCAUUGUUCUAUCCUACGCGAGCAUGUUCUAUAACAUCCAGAGAACAGGAACACAAACCCCAAAGUACAGCAACCACAUCAAGAAGGAGGUGACCAUCGCCAAAAGGUUCUUCUCUAUUGUUGUCACUGACUCUCUCUGCUGGAUCCCCAUCUUCAUCCUCAAGAUCCUGUCACUGCUGCAAGUCGAAAUUCCCGGUACCAUCAGCUCUUGGGUGGUCAUAUUUAUCCUCCCGAUCAACAGCGCCCUUAACCCCAUCCUCUAUACACUGACGACACGGCCAUUCAAGGAGACCAUUCUUCAGGUGUGGGCCAACUACAGACAAAGGAGGCCACUACUCAGUGGCCAACAAACUCACCAUCCAUCGCUCACGUGGCAGGAAAUGUGGCCGCUGCAGGAGAACAGCCAUGAUCUCACUGCAGGGCAAUCAAUUAAAAUAACCAACACGCUACCAAAGCUCACCCCGGUGGAAAUCGCCAACGAUGGAUACAAUGACGUUACACCAUGCACGCAGCAGCCACAACAGAAGCAGUGCACGGUCCUGACAGUAGGUUCAGACAAAAAGAAUGUGCUACACACAGUUUCUCUCGCACAAACAGAUGAACUCAUAUAGGUGUCAAACAUUGUAAUGAAUGUGAUUCUGCUUCAUUGUUUGGAAAUGGAAUUCAUGGGGCAUUGUGAGAAAUUACUGCUGUGUCUUGACCAGAAAUCAACUACUGUAUAACAGUAGAACACAGAGACAGGCCUUCAACAUCCACUAAUAACUAAGGUCCCCCAGUCUAUACUGUUAAAGAUAUGACCAAUGACCAAUAAUGAGACUGAAUGGAAUUAAGCUAGUCAUCACUUGAUUCAGUCAAAUAUCGAUCCCAUGUUGAGGAGAAUAGAACAUGAAGGUCACCAGGUUCUGCCUGAUCAUUAUGAUCAUCUAUACUAUCUAUCCAAAUUCUACUUUUUUCCUCAUUUGGCAGUAACAUUUGUGCAUAAAUGCAGACUUUCAUUAUAGCAGCAGCUGGAGCUUUGACUGGACCAUAAGACAAAGAAUAUUAAGGAUAGAGUUGCCAGGAAGGAGGAGAAGGUUGAUCUGCUUUGGGGACCCGUGAAGGGAAAAAGAUGGUAUAUUCUUGGAGAAGCCCUGAUCAGAGUGACCUGGUACCACUCUGAGGAGGGGAGUCAACAGGACAAACAACUGGAGCAACAAUUGUCAUUCAUCUGUUUACAUGCUUUUGGUGAAAAAUCAAACUUUAGUUAGAAUAUAGCGAGAUUACUCUUCUUACUGCUCUUUUUCCAACAUGUGCGAGGGAAUCCAACCAGCUUAAUUUCCUACUUCACCAUUUAUUCUCUUCAGGUGUGUACAUCCUGCCCGGCAGCUGUAUUUCUGAAAACCCCUUGUCCAACAUGUCCACUCUCUCAUCAGCAGGUGUCAAAACCAUCUAAAUUUUUACCCCCAAACUAACCAGAGCUGAAAGCCUCCACCCAUUUGUUCUCCUGCCAUCACUGAACUUAUUUUCUACUUUUACUACCUCUACUCUUGGCAUCUGUAGCUCUCUACUUUUCUAACUGUUAUUGGUACCAUUAUCUGGUGAUGAUAUUCGGCCCUGUCAGUUCAGUGCACAGGAAUCACUCACAUUUUUAACAGGUUUUUGUACUUUACCCACCUUGAGUAUCUUCAUUGUCCUUAUUAGUGUUUGAUGUGGUUUGAGUGACCAUGUGUUAUGAAAACUUAAAAUUGUAAAUUAAAAAACAUAGUUGAUUGUGAGUGUGAAUGGUUGUUUGUCUCUAUAUGUCACCCUGUGAUGGACUGACGAACUGUUCAGGGUAUACCCCACCCUCGGCCUUUGAUAGCUGGGAUUGUCUUCAGCUCCUCUGUAACCCAGCAAAGGAUUAGGUAAAUAAUGAAUAAAUGAAUUCAAUCCUAUUCAAUUUUAAAUGAGGUUUUCUAAAGCCACCCAAGGCUGAUAUUAUCAUUUGCUUGUAUAUAUUGAAGGUCAUGUGAAAAAAAAUCAUGCUUGCUCAUGUUGAUGUUGCUCAUGUUAUUCAGAGAAAUUUUUUUUUUUUUUGUUGGGGGGGGGUGGGGGGGGGGUUCUUUUCAUUAAAUUUGAAGUCUGUCAGAAGAGUUUAUGAAAAUUGUUUUAAACCUAUUUGGUAUCUACAAACGGUUACUUGGGAAGCCAAAAGAAAGGUUAUGAGGAAUGUAUUUAAUGUUAGCAGAAAACUAUCAAUUAAAAAAAAUAUUUUUUUAAUAAAUCAUGUACGAUUAUUUCCCCAGCUGGUCUGAGGGUCUGAACAAAUAUACUCAAGGUUACUUUACCAACAGCUGCACCUCAUUUUUUACACUCAAAUCUGUGCAGUAGAGACAUAUGUACAAAGGUCAGGAAUUAUUCUGUGCUUAGUUAAUUCAUUAAAUGACUGAUUCCUGUGGAAGCUGUUUUCGUGAAACAUUUUGUUGUUCAAAUGCAUUGCAAAAUAACAUGUUUUGCAUUGAAUUGUGAGUACAUUGUUCUGUAUGUGACAGUUUUGUGUUUAUAUCACACAAAAAGACAUUUACUAUUAAAAAACGAAAUGAUAUUUUUACACGUUCAUUUUAUUUGGUGUAUUGAUCUGUAUUGUAAAAUAAAAACACAAUCUGUGGGUUAAUUUGCUCUUGUAUUCAUUUAUUUCCUCAACAAGAGAGCCUACUUAGAAACAUUCGAUUUUAAAAAACCAAAACGUAAACUUCAUCAUGUUCAUGACAGAACAUAACC